ACUAUACCUAUUUCUUCAUUUUUCGGGCAGAUCCACACCAAUCGCACACUCGAAACUCGAUAGCACGACUCAACACUCAGGAGUCGGUCAUCAAUCUGAUCUCCGUCCAUUUUUCCAUUGGUUCAGCCAUCGUCAAUCUAGACUCCAGCUUCCAGGACAGUGGUGCACUUUAGGGAUUUUGAUUGAGGUGGAGACCCCUUACAUCUAUUCUCCACCAUGAAUCCAUUGACAAUUGUUAAGAGGAUUCAGAAUCUCAACAAGAGAGAAGCUGCAUUGAGUAUAUCUGAAGAAGCGUCCUGGCAUGCAAAGUAUAAAGAUUCAGCCUACGUCUUUGUUGGAGGUGUUCCUUUUGAUCUAACUGAAGGCGAUCUUUUAGCAGUUUUUGCUCAGUACGGUGAGAUUGUGGAUGUCAAUCUUGUUAGAGAUAAAGGAACAGGUAAAUCAAAAGGUUUUGCUUUUGUUGCCUACGAAGAUCAAAGAAGCACAAUUCUUGCAGUAGAUAAUCUGAAUGGCGCUCAAGUUCUUGGCCGCACCAUAAGGGUAGAUCAUGUGUCUAACUAUAAAAAGAAAGAAGAAGAAGACGAAGAAACAUGGCAGCGCAAGAGGGAAGAACGGGGUGUAUGCCGUGCUUUCCAGAAAGGUGAAUGUACUCGUGGAGAUGGAUGUAAAUUCUCCCAUGAUGAAAGAAGAGCUGCAGACACAGGAUGGGGUCACGAGGAUGCUAAAGGUAGUAAUCCGAGAUGGGGUCAUGACAAGUUUGAGGGUCCCCCCAGGCCCGCGAAGCAGUUAAGUUCAGUUAAUCGUGUUUUUGAUACCAAGGAGGGACACAAAGAAAGGGGCAGUAGACAAAGGGAUGAUGAUGAUAAUAACCGAAGCUCGCGGUUGAGAAAAGAUGACAUAUUACAUUCAGAAAAGCGGGAUUCUAGGGUUCCUGAGAGACAACACUCAAGGGAUCAAAGUAGCAGCAUGAGGAGGGGGGAGGAAAGGAAAUCAAGAACAAAAUAUGAUGAUGAAUUAGAAUACAAAGAGAGUAAAAGAUCAUCACAUCACAAAAGAGAUCAGGAUGAAAGUUAUUCUUCACAUCGACACGAGAGAGGAAACAACGAUGAAAGACAUAGAAGAUCAUACGACAGAUGAAAUCAAACUUGCCUAACCGAGUUAUUUCUCUCUAAUUUCUCAGUGUUGAAUCCUUAAUCUGACUGCUCAUCGAAAAGACCUCGGUUAUUCCAUCAAAGGUUGGUUAGGUUGAUAUUUGUAUCUUGUUCUAUUUUUGUCAUUUAUAUUUCUUACUCAAGUUAAGACAAAAAUUCUGUACAACCCUUGCACCAAAGAAUUCAAAUGUUACCUUUCCCUCCAUUUUCAUACCCUAUAAUGUUACUUUUCUAGAUCCUUGUAUUUUGGGUGUAUUGUUCAAAACCAAGCAUUUAUGCUGCAACCAUGAAACAUUACAGUGUUUAGAAUGGUUGAGACUCUUUUCAUUGCCAUAGGAUUGAAUUGCUUUUGGUUGAUCAUGGUUA